AGUCAGGUGUUAAGCGCAAGUGUCAGAUGUCAAUAUCAAAAGAGUCAAAAACACGGAAAUAAUUUGGAUUUCAGUACAUUCACAAAUGUGACCAUAAAAUUGUCUUUAUAUAAAGAAUAAAAUUUCACUUAUUGUAGUAAAAAGAAGAACUAAUGGAGCUUCCAUAUGAGGUUUUGGUUUAUCUUUUUAAGUACUUGCCAAAAUCUGAUAGAAAAGCAGCUAGUGAGACUUGUCGUGCCUGGUACCUAGCAGCAAAUGAUCAAAGCUUUUUGAAGAAUAAAGUAGCUGUAUUUUACAAAACACCUUUGACUGAUGAACUGGUCUCACCCCUGAAUAUAUUUGAGGAAUCACCUAUCAUAUAUUAUAAUUAUUUAUUCAAUGAAGUGGAAAUAUCAAAUAAGCAAAAUGAUUUCUGGAACAAAAUGGGUGAACACAUCAAAUGUUUGACCCUAAGAAACUGUGAUAUUUGUGAAAAAGUAUUUGUGUUUAUUUUACAAAAAUGUACAAAUAUAGAAACAUUAAAUGUACAAAGCUGCAAGGAACUCUUUAUGUCCGGACGCCUGUUAGAGGGUAAAACAGAAGGAUUUUUAACACAUAAUUUAGAAAACUUAAAGUCAUUAAGCUUAUCAGGCAAUCAGUACUUGACGGAUGCACUAUUUCAUAGAUUUAUAUCUGCUGCUCCUGCUUUGGAAGAAUUGAAUUUAUCUGCAUGCUCCCUCCAGUUUCAUCUUGGCUUGGUUAAAAAGUUUUACCCACCAAGUACCAAUAUUUUUCAGAAUCCGUCAGAAAGUGUUUUGACAUUCUAUUUCCUAUUGCAACUGAUCAUCAGUAGAGCCGAAAAGAUAAAACGAUUGCAAUUUUCUUGUACCCUGAUUGAUGGAGCAGCACUCAAAUCUUUAUCAGAAGUAGAAAAUUUAAAGUUGGAAUCAUUACAAGUACAUUCCUGUGAUCAACUCACCAACACAGGCAUAUUAGCUCUAACAUCUUAUCAAACUUCUCUCAGAGAACUUGAUAUUGGCCUGUGCACUAGGGUGACUGAUCAAUCCCUUGUACAUAUUUGCAACAAUCUAGUCAAUUUAGAAUACCUCAACAUUCAAAGAUGUAGAGCCGUCACUGAUCUGGGUAUAAGUGAACUACAUAAGCUAACAAAAUUAAAAUCACUAAAUAUAUCACAAUGCGAGCUGUUGACUAAGGAGGGUCUGGAAAGUGGCAUCUGUAAAGAAGAGAACAAACGGCUUGAGGAACUUGACAUCAAUUCAUUGAAUUUAGAUCAAACUGGUCUCAUCAUGAUUUCGGAACGCCUACCCAACUUACGCUCGUUAAACUUGAGCUACUGUUUUAAUGCAGUAACUGACACAUCUAUUCAAGUCAUUUUCAAGAAUCAACUCUUACUUCAAACCUUGAAAAUGAGUCACUGCGAUAAGGUCUCUGAUGCUGGGUUGACUGGUAUGGGAAAAGUUGAAGCAGAGACUGGAGAAGAUCGUCCUAUAAUGUCUAAUUACGAUGAUGCACAUGCGACGCCUAGAAUACAUCUAGGAUCAAGAGCUGAAGAAGAAAUAGUUCGCGACGCUAGACGGAAACGAGAUGUUAUGCGUAUGUGUGAAAAUCUAUCAAUGGAUUCAUACACAGGUUACUCGUUAGCUCGAAUUAAAAGCCUUAAAGAAUUAGACAUUGGAGGAUGCAACAGAAUAACAGACGUGAGCCUGACCUAUGCAUUUAACUUUAGGGAACUAGUAGUUCUAAACCUGAGUAGGUGUCAACAAAUUACACAUGUAGGGAUAGAGCAUUUAGUCAAGAACUGUCCCAGCAUUGAGUAUAUCAACCUGACAGAUUGUUAUAAUUUGAAUGAUGAAGCUGUGAAUGAAAUAGUAAGAGACUUGAAGAGAUUAAAACAACUUGAACUGCGGGGUUGUAAUCAGCUUACAGAUAAGACAUUGGAGGCUGUAAGGAUGCACUGUGGAAAACUUCAGUUUUUGGAUGUGCAAGGCUGUCGCAACAUGUCACCUGAGCUUGCAUGUUCAAUCGGAUCUUUACCUUCACUGCAUACUGUACUGAUGUCCAAGCCAGGGCCAUAUAUCGCUGAUGGUCAGAAAAACAGAGCUCCCGCGCCAGCAUUUUUACCUGCACUAAUGAGAAAAUUACGCUUACAUUAGAUUCCUUGACAACAACGCUAUUCAAUAGUUCUGCGUUGAACAUUGUCAGUUCAACUAUUAAAAUGUUGCAAGUCGAUGACUGAUUCGUUACCAUUGUACCAAUAUUAUGAAACAAUUGUUCUCCAAGUAGGAAGUAACUGGAUCUGGAUUAUCUGAACAAUACGUCGACAUCUUGCAAGCGUAAUUAUCUUUAGUAUCACUUUUACUGCCGACUGAGCGCCUCAAGGUCAAUGUUGUUACAGACUAACGUGUAAUUUUAUUUAUUUAACUGUGUAUAGUGGCUCUAAGCCAAAUUAAAACGUUAGAAAGUUAGCGCUAACAGUGGACAUGUAUGUUGACAAUGAUGUUCACAAAUAGAUUCGGUAUUAUUAUAUUAUGUGGUUAAUGUUUAUGUUAAAUUAUUAUCUUAAUAUUACAAUCAACAAUGUUUACAUUUGAAAUUUUAAUUUAGAUGUGUUCCUAAAUAGGAAUUAAUCGCUGCUGUGAUAACAUUUUAUAUCUUAUCUCUAUUAAGUACAAAUCCGAAAGCUAUGAAAUAAAGAGUUUUAACAACUUA